AGAAAUUAACAACCCGCCCUCCUCUUACGUCCAUCCCCAAACGCCAUUUCACGACCUCACCCAACCGCCAUACUGUCUCAACUCAAAACCACCACUCCACAUCUGCGCCGCGCCUCGUCGCCCCACCUCAAUCUUUCUUAAGGCCGUGCCUUGUUACCUGGACCCCUAACAGUUGCGCCUUCCCUCCUCUCCAGCUCCACCCCUUACCUAGUAGCCGACGAUCACUCCAAUCCAUACGCGCCUGAUUGUGUGUGUCUUGAGGAGGACAAAAACGGUGGUUCUUCGUGUUGAUCUUCCAAUGAAGUACGUGAAACCCUUGAAUAUGUUCCGUGAUAUCCUCAAGAGUAAAGUUUUGGAACGAAGUCGAUUGCUUGGUUUGGAUGUGGGUGAUAGAUACGUUGGGUUGGCGGUUUCAGACUCGAAGAAUAAGAUUGCAUCGCCUUUAUGUGUUUUGGUUAGGAAGAAAGGAAAUAUUGAUUUGGUGGUUGGUGAUUUACAAAGCCUGGUCUCGGAAUUUAAUCUGAAAGGUUUCAUUGUUGGCUAUCCUUCCAAUAGACAACAGAACACUCCUGAUGCUAUGCAAGUGAAGCUUUUUAUUGAAGAGCUCUCUAAAACAGGAAAACUAGAAGGUGUAGAGUACACAUAUUGGGAAGAGUGCUUUACAUCAAAGAAUGUGGAAUUGUUCUUAAAGCCUUUAAAAAAGACUUUGACUCAAUAUGAGGCUAAGACAUUUCUUGACAAGUUUGCUGCUGUUGGGAUAUUGCAGGAAUAUCUAGAUAAGGUGAACAGAAAGGUGAAGUUGGAAGCAAAUAAGUAAAGACGAGUCCAUUGUCCAAAGGAUGUAUGUGGAUAUUGCAUACUCUAGACUUGCAUGUAUGUGGAAUAACUGUAGUGUCCAAUUUUAUGUUUUCCUUUUUCCUUUUUAUUAGUUUAGCGCAUAGGUUUGGAAGUCACCCCUUUAAACUUAAUUCUGACCUAUCAUUAAACUUAAUUUUGACUUAUCAUUACUUGCAUUUCACAGGAAUAUCUCGAUAAGGUGAAGUUGGAAGCAAAUAAGUAAAGACAAGUCCAUUUUCCAAAGUAUGUAUGUGGAUAUUGCAUACUUGCAUCUCCAUGGAAGUGGUAGUUUAUCAGGCAUAUCUGUUUCAACUUGGCUUUAAGAAGUUCUUAAUAAGCUUUCAUGGCUAAAGAAGAAGAAGAAAAUACAUGUCGCAAAAGAAUCCGGUACCAUUUUAAAGCUAGCAAAGUCUUUUGAUCGAAUUACAUUUGUGAUUACAUGAUAUACUCAUCUUUUGUACAACUGAAGAUUAUUUAUGAAUCACGUAUCCGAGAAAUUAGUCA